GUUUUCUUCUUUGAUGAUGAGUUGGGUCUCUCAAUGCUGUUAUUGAUUUCUUUGUGCGAUUAUUUGAUUGAAUUGAUUCAUAAGAUGACCGCUUAUAUUAUUCUGUGAUUUUAACCGAAAAUGGGGAAGGGGAAAAAAACAAAACGAGUUGUCAUUAUCUUGGCAUUCAAUUUUUGUCAUAAGUGAAAUGAAGUCACCUUGCUAAAACAUAUACAUCAUAUUAGUGUUGAUUGAUUUAGUUUAAACAUGAGAUUUUAUUCAAUUUUCUUACUUACUUGCUUCUUCAUUUUCUCAGCUACCAAACAAAGAACCAAACAAUUCCCUCUCCAAUUAUUUUAUAUUAGAAAAGAAACAAAAAACCAAUUAAAUAAAGAAUCUUAUUGUUGCUUGUAAAUAGUGUCUUCUUGUUAUAUAUGCCUUUUCUGCUCUGUACUAUAUCCACAGUCCAACCAAAAAUCUCGACUUUAUAAAGUGAUUUGAGUCGAAUACCGAAAUUGCCACUCUAUGUUACAUCAACCAAUUCAAAAACCCUUUUUUAGGUUUGAAAUUAUAAUUUAAUACUUGGUUUUUGAAAGACAAAAUUGUCAUAGAAUUGAGCCUAAGAUAUUCCAGUAUAGAAAGAACACUUUGGUUUGAAGAAAUUUGGUAUGAGGAACAUACACGCAUUUCAAGAAGUAUAGAACAAAGCUGUGAGAUUUUGGAUUCUUUUGAUUUCUGCUGCAUUAAAUAUAAUAAAAUAAAAGUGUUGUUAACAUGUGGGUCCAAUCAAAAGAGGUUCAAUUUCGUCAAAAGAUUCACACCUGAAAGGCUGAAAUCUCCAUUGGUGGCGUGCAUGCUUAAAUCUUUGCUCAUUAUUAUUACUAUUAUUAUUAUCAUCAUCAUUGCUUUUGGUUGCAAUGGUUCAAUUCCAAAUAAUCCUCAAAAAAAUAGAUCCAUUUUCUUCAGUUGGGGAAUACAGUCAUUAACUAUAUACGAUACGGUAUUGUCGUAGAGUGUGAAAUCAGAGUGCCAAGACAAAAUUGAGAAUUUUUGGUGUUAACCAUGUAGAGAUCGAUCCGGAAAGAGAAGUUAUAUAUAAUAAUGAGGACAAUUACAUUGAUUGAUGUGGGCUUGCGUAAUCUGUUCUUGGAUCUUCUCCGAUGGAUGUUUUGAGUUGAAAUUCUUGAAGCUGAGCAGAGAGGUGGAGAGAAUCUGAAAACAAAAGGGUUCUCUUUGAAUCUUUGCUGCACCAGUUUUUCUUCUUUUUUUUCAGUCUUACAAUAAUGGAGAGUGGUACAGUGAACCAUGGCAAUGAACCACCACGAGUCGUUUUGAAAUAUGAUUCUUGGUUUAGCCAAUUCCGCAAUGCAUCUAAUCCUUGGAUGGCCAGAUAUGCGUACGCCUUUAUGUUCUUAAUAGCUAACCUUUUGGCUUGGGCUGCAAGGGAUUACAGCAAAAUCCUUCUGCCAGAAAUGGAGAAACUAAAAGGAUGUGACGAUGAACAUGACUGUUUAGGUGCUCAUGGCGUUUUGCGAGUUAGCUUGAGUUGCUUUACAUUCUAUUUCACCAUGUUUCUUACGACGGUUGGUACCUCAAAGUUGAAUGACCGCCGAGAUGUGUGGCAAUCUGGAUGGUGGUCUGCCAAGAUUGUCCUGUGGGCUGCUUUGCUUAUAAUUCCCUUCUUACUUCCUUCUCCAAUUAUUCAGUUCUAUGGGGAGAUUGCACAUUUUGGUGCUGGGGUAUUUCUCCUAAUUCAGCUGAUAAGCAUAAUCAGUUUCAUUACAUGGCUUAAUGAUUGUUGUCUGUCAGAGAAGCAUGCGGAAAGAUGCCAAAUACAUGUUAUGUUAUUUGCAACUGCUUCAUAUGUUGUAUGUCUAGUGGGGAUUAUUAUGAUGUACAUUUGGUAUGCACCAGAACCAUCUUGCCUCCUAAACAUCUUCUUCAUUACCUGGACAUUAGUGCUUCUCCAACUUAUGACCAGUGUUUCUCUCCAUCCAAAAGUGAAUGCUGGUAUCUUGACUCCAGGACUGAUGGGACUGUAUGUGGUAUUCAUCUGCUGGUGUGCCAUUAGAAGUGAACCAGCUGGUGAAAAUUGCAUCAGGAGAGCAACAACUUCAGGAAAAACAGAUUGGCUUUCUAUCAUAAGCUUUAUCAUUGCCAUUCUUGCUAUGGUUAUCGCAACAUUUUCAACAGGCAUCGAUUCGCAGUGUUUUAAGCUUAGGAAAGAGGAAACACGGUCGGAAGAGGAUGUUCCAUAUGGUUAUGGCUUUUUUCAUUUUGUUUUUGCAACUGGGGCAAUGUACUUUGCUAUGUUGUUGAUAAGCUGGAAUCCCCACCAUACUAUGAAAAGAUGGACAAUUGAUGUUGGUUGGACCAGCACCUGGGUCAGAAUAGUGAAUGAAUGGCUUGCAGUCUGUGUUUAUUUAUGGAUGCUUGUGUCUCCUGUAAUAUGGAAGGAAUCAACAUAAAUUCAAAGAAAGCCAAGCCAUCCAGUGAGUGAGUUGGCCUUAUCAUUUGGCUUCUCCAUCCAGUUGUGAAACCAAUCUAAGCAAAUCAGACAAGAACAUGAACACGCACGUAUAUAUACGACUCCUCCUCCUCCUCCUCGACUCGGUCUGUAACAACUCGCCAUCUGAAGAUUUCAAAGCUUUUGAGGCCGUUAGGAAGGAAUAAAAAGAAAAAGAAUACAGAAAUUACUCAUCAAUCACUCCAUGCUGAUGCAUCUUGUCAUUACUCAUCAAUUGAGUACAGCAUUGAUAAAGCAAAAUAUAUUAGAUUGAUUACAUAAUUACUCAAGUUUUAGAUGCUAUUACUUUUUUAUUUUUUCUCUUCAUCACAAUUAUUACAAGUGUAGUUUUGUUGCUCCAUUGAAAUAUAAUUCACAAUCUUGUACAGUACAAAAUAUUUUUGGAA